GAGCCGUAGGAAGACUCGCAGAGCCACCACCCAUCAUUACGUGGACUCGUCCCUUCCAAAACCGCAAGAACCUUUCCUCGGUAAAGUCAACAUCACAUGACGCCGAGAGGCGCAGCCCGCCGUAUUCCAAGAUGGCGUCGCCCACGGGGGCCAUGAUUGUGGCGAGCAGAGCUCUGAGGUGCCUGCGUGCUGCGGGUGUGCAGAGGAACUACGCCGCCCUCAGCUCCAGAAGAGAUAUAUCAUUCAAACUGGAUGAGAAAACUGCCCACAGUAGCCUGGACCUGUUCAAGAAGGACACAGGGGUCAUCUUUCAUAUACUAGGCAUUGACCCCUCCAAAGUCCCCCAGAAUCUUGAGCGUUUCCGUGAGUGGGCGGUUGUUCUUGGAGACACACCGAUUGUGAGUGGUCGGCAUUACUGGGAGGUGACUGUGAAGAAGUCCAAUGAGUUCCGCGUAGGUGUGGCAGAUGCUGACAUGUCCAGAGAUGAGUGCAUUGGUGUAAGCAGCCGCUCAUGGGUCUUUGCAUAUAGCCAUAAAAAAUGGAAUGGAAUGGUGGUAAAUAAAAUAAUCCCCAUUACCAACAUUGGCCACCCAAGCAAAGUAGGCCUGCUGGUGGACUAUGAAGGUGGCAAACUCUGCCUUGUGGACCCCGAAAAAGGCUCCCUCAUCCAUACUCUCAACGCGGACUUCCGAGGCCCAAUUGUGCCAGCAUUUGCCUUGUGGGAUGGAGAACUUCUUACCCACUCAGGCUUAGAUGUCCCGGACAUUCUGUGAAGCCCUAGAAAGUGUUGCCAUAAAAGUGCCUAUUCAGCGAUCCUGGCAUUAAAGGGGUUGUCUGUCUGUUUAAUAUUGAUGACUUAUCCCCAGGAUUGGCGGGGUUCGGACUCCUGGCAACCCUGACGAUCCUGUUUUAGGAGGUCGCAGCUAACUAAGCACAGCGCCGUCCUUUGGAUAGUGGCUGUGCUUGGUAUCUCAGCCCCAUUCACUUGAAUGGGAUUGAACUGCACCUAAUCCAUGUGAUCGAUGAGCAUGAUGUCCCUGGCACUCACCAGAGCACCGCGGCCAUUCAAACAGCUGAUCAGCAGGGGUGCUGGGGGUCUUACUACUAUUAUUAGAUAUGGAUGACUUAACUCGAGGAAUAGGCCAUCAAUAUGAAAAUCUGGGGAUAACUUCUUUAAACAGGUAAAGCUUUGUUAUUGAUAUUCCAGGAUAUACGAUAUAAGGAACAUUGUGUUUAGUCUUUGCUUUGACUUUCUAAGUAUUUAGAUUAUGAACGGUAUCCGUGUGGAGUUUGCUCUAAUAUUUUCAGAAUGUAUGGAGAUAUAUUUUCAUGUUGUGCCAAAGUGUGAAAUAAGUCAGUUACACAUAAAUAAUCGCAGCCGCAGCAAGUGAAUUUCUCUUGGUGAAGACUGAUUUCAAGAAUAAAUUAUCCUCCGCAUUAAAUAUAUAGAAUCAAAUGAAGACUAAGUUACAUUUAUAAGUGUGAUUUAGGUGGAAAACUUUGCGUUCCCCCAGGCCAUAUGCACAUGGGAAUUUUUUCUUUUUUUUGUGUGUAGUUUCCAGGUGCAUUUAGUUGUGAUUCUGCAAUGAAUCCAUGGCCAACUGUGUUACAUGCGGGCUUGGCAGCGAAUUUCACCCGACCGCAUUGCAAGCAGUGCAAUCUGCAGUGAAUACAUCGACUUCAAAAUCCACAUCACAGGUCAAUUUCCGAGGAUCUCAUCUCCUUAGCUUGUACUGUUUUAGGGCUUGUUCACACGGCUGUUGUGCAGCCGUUCCAUUCAUUGGGGGCCGCAAUUUGCGGUCUCCAAUGCACGGGCAACGUCCAUGCGGUGUCCGGGAUGGAUCCAGGCCCAUUCAACUUGAAUGGGUCUGUGAUCCGUCCGCACCACAAAAAAAUAGAACA